UAACAAAUGUCACUGAGAUUCUAGAUUCUACCAAUCUUUAACUUAGCUUAUAAAUGUCUUUCAUUAGCCUCACUAUCUUGAUGGCCCAGUAUUAUCUUCACAACCCUUUCUAAUAAAGCAACCAAAAACGCUGCUUCAUACUUAACCAAACUGUUGUUUUUUAAGCUCUACAAUAAGUGAAAUGGCACAUGAAACUGAUCUUCCUGGCUUUAGAUUCCACCCUACAGAAGAGGAACUUCUUAAUUUUUAUCUUAAAAAUGUUGUUUCUGGGAAGAGAUUGCAGUUUGAUCAUAUUGGAAUUCUUAAUCUCUACCAACAUGAUCCUUGGGAUUUGCCUGGAUUGGCAGGGAUUGGAGAGAGAGAGUGGUACUUUUUUGUGCCAAGAGACAGGAAGCUAGGUGGGAGUGGGAGGCCUAACAGAACAACCAAAAGAGGUUACUGGAAAGCAACGGGGUCGGAUCGAAAAAUUGUUAGUUUAUCGGAUCCGAAACGACUCAUUGGAUUGAGAAAGACACUUGUGUUCUACUUGGGAAGAGCAACCAGAGGAAGCAAGACUGAUUGGAUCAUGAAUGAGUAUCGUUUUCCUGAUAACUCUCCCUUGCCAAAGGAGAUGGUACUAUGCAAGAUCUAUAGAAAAGCAACUUCCUUGAAAGUCCUAGAGCAAAGAGCAGCCAAGGAAGAGGAAGAUGCUAAGCCUUUUCAAGCUUCCUAUUCACCACCUGCAUCUCCAUUUGAGACCAUUUCAUUUUGCAGCCAACAAGAAACUAUGGUUUCUUCUGUAACACCACCAACCCAUGAAGUUCUUAACAAAGAAGUAGAAGUGGCAACCAUGGUGGAUGAAAUACUGGAAGAUAAAGCAGUGGAGCCACAAAUUUCCUCCACAUCGUUGCAAAUCCCAUCAGAGCUUGAGAAACUUACUGAGCUCCAAGUUCCAAAAUUGGACAUGGACUGGUCCCAAGACUUAUUUUGGACCCAGUUUAACAGCCCAUGGCUUCAAACUUUGACCCCAUUUGCGAGUAUGCUCAAUUUCUAAUACCCCAUAGGCCCAAGGAUAUAGGCUGUAGAUAAAUUUUGGUCAAUAAUCUCCUUCUUGUACACCCUCAUUCUGAGCUGACUUGUCUGUAAAUUUUCUGUCCCUUUUCAUCUUAAAUGCUUCCCUCAAUUUGUUUGUUUAGUCUAAUUGUUGGCUUUUAAUCUUGCCUUGCGAUUUCUCCAUGUAUCGUUGGUAUGAAACAUCAAGUUUCAGCCAACUUUUGUUACGCUUAUUGCAUUUGAAAAGAAUAACACAGUUUUUAUUUGCAAGAUCCAAA